GUGUGUGGAUGCAAGGAAAAUCGUUUUGUCUUUUUUCAAAAUGACUUGUAACACUGCGUUUUUUGCUUACGUGAUUAUAAAUCUGUGCCAUUUCGAUACGUGGUAUGUUUCCGAAGCCACUCCCUUGUCUUUGGACUACGAAUUUGUAAAGCAAGAAAAUCCUCACAACAGUAAUGAAGGGACAACAGGAACUUCUGCUCUCGUCAUAAAAAACGAAGCACGCCUACUUGUGUUGAAAGACGCUGCAAGUAGUAAUUUACAAGGCGUUAAAAGUUCUACAACUGAAAGUGUUUAUUCAACUCGAGGUAAAAAUUAUACGCAAGAAAAUCAAGAACAGAUUAAAACCUCGACAUUAAAUGGUGGCACAACCAACGAAUCUCUUGGUGUUACUUGGCAAUAUCAAAAUAAUGAAGUGAGAAGAGAAAUGGAUACAUCCGUGAAUAUUACACCGGCAGCCCCCACACAUGGAAUCGUUCAGAAAUCUAGUAAUGUAGAGGACAUGUCAAGUAGAGUUCCCGAGAAAACUAUGACUGCGGAGACGACCACACCACAACCGCGCAAACAUCAUUGGUAUAGAGGCGGUAGUGGUGGACAUCACAUUAUACAUGCCGCUCGACGUUGUGGUAGUGACGAAACAUAUGUUCACGGCAAGUGCCGACUCAAAGACUAAUUGACAGUUGUUUUUAUGACUGUGGCUUGUUUGUGGAAAAUUACUUAAAAUCAUUUUCAUCGCAAAUAAAAUGAACUAA